AUGCCUACAACACUCGGCGCACUCACGCCAUGGUUGCACCGAGAGUUCCUGUCGCAACGCAAUGCAUACGGUGACAGCUUGCCGACAACAUCGGUCGAGGAAGGGAAGCGGGUGCAGCUCAUCCGGGCGACUGGCAUGACUGAGGAGGAUGGCGAGACCCUCGUCUGGGCCGAGAUGAGCGACGGCGAGCUCUGGAUCGACUGCUGCAUCCCGCUCUCGCUCGCCGAGCAGUACAACAGCAAAUCGGCCAGAACCUUCGCCGCCUCUUCUCAGUCGAAAUGCAUCUUCCGCCUGCUCUCAUGGUGUUUCGUGAUCGCCUCGCCUCUCAUUCCCUCACACGGUCAGCAUUCUCCUCGCAAAUCGUCCACUCUCGCGACUUCCUCGACCGCGACACCACGAACUCAAGCCCCGCGAGUCUGCCUCCGCAUCGACAGCUUUAAACACUUCGGCAUGGGCGAAGGCACGAUGCAAGCCGAUUGCAAACCGUUCAGGAACUUCACGCCUGAUGUGGGGCGCGUGCGAGGGGAAGGAAAGGAGGAUAUCGCGAAGCGGGAGCGGGAGAAGCGGGAACAGGAGAGGGUUGCUUGGGUUCGCAGACUGGAAGAGCGGGCGCGAGGGUCGGGCGAGGGACAGCCGAAGGACGAUGCGCUAGCUGUCCCGGCAGAGCAGGUAACCUUUGUGGACGAUCUUCCUCGACCUUCGACAGCGGCGAGUGAACCUCGCAGAACCACUCAACAAUCACCUGUCGCAGCUGUUCACCCGCAUGCCGCUCCUCCUGCAGCGCCUGCCGCACGUCCCGGCUGGCCGGCCGACAAGGACGCACUGCUACCUCGAAUCGAUUUUGGCGAAGUCGAGGCGCUGCUGAACCGCUACAAGCGAAAGCAGGGAGCUCAGCAUGAGGCGCCGGUCGCAAAGGACAAGGGGAAAGGAAAGGCGAAGGCGGUCGAGCCGGAGCCUGCACACGCUCACCCUGCGGCCCGGGCCAUGCCUGCGGAUCCGACCAUUGGCGACGAUGGCGGCUGGACCUCAGCUUCGGCUCUCCUAACGCGCAAGAGACCCAGGGCGUCGUCUGCUUCGAUGUCUGCGGCGCCUCGACCACUCGCUCCAUCUGCUGCUGCCACAGCGAAUCCUCCUCGUCCAUCGCCUCCCCAACCUGCUCCGCCUCUCUCGGCCAGUCCCUCGCGUCGACGAAGAGAUGCAAGUCAGCCGGCCGCUGUGCGCUCGCCAGCUGCUGGCCGUCCUUCGCAGCCUUCCGAUUCGCCUCGCUCGAAGAAGGAUGACGUCACAGCACGACAGGAGAAGGAGCUCGUGGAGAUGGCAAUCGAUACGGUGGAGGAGAAAGCGGUGAUGGACGAGGAUCUCGAGGAAGACGUUACCGGCGCUCAAGCGAUCCCGAAGGUCGACAAGGGGAAGAAGCGGGCGUCGCCGUCGCCCUCGCCAGCUCCCUCUCCCUCACCUUCGCCCUCGCCACAUUCAGUACGCCACGACGAUGUUGUCGAGCUAGCAGCCCCUUCUCCCAAGCGACGGCGGUCCUCCCACUCCGACUCGAACCCUCCGCCUCGCUUCGUCCCCGUCAUCCCCCUCGACAUCUUGGACUACACGCUGUGGUGCAGCAUGAGGGGACUCGUAGCGUGA